CAUCUCGCCACAUCCCUUGAUCAAUUACAAGAUGGCGAGCCAGCAAGACCUGCAGGCACUGCUCCGCUUCCUUUCGCAAGAUGCCAAGAUACCGCUCGCUUCCGCAAUGGGCAAGAUCAAGGACCUGCAAGCCGCAAAAUUGAUCACACCAGACAGCAUUGCGAAGUCUGAUAUAGGCAGCCUUAAAAAAGUACUCGGUGAUGAGAAAGUCGCGCGACAGGUCCUCAAUGCGGCUAAACGUGUGUCCAAGAAGCGCACAAACAGCGAUCUUUCCACAGCAUCAACAUCUACCAUACCUUCCUCCGUAAAGAGAGCAAAGACGAGCUUCGGAGCACCAAUGGACCCCGCUACCUUCGAAGCCUCACUAGAACUUCCGUGCUCCAGCCUUCCCGCGUCAGACCUGGAAGACAUAGUCUUAUUCACUAACCGCGCACCACUCGUCCUCGCCGUCGCCGUGACAGUCCUAAAAUACACAAUGCCCACGCAACCACUCUCCAGCAGACUGAGCCUCGCACAAGCAGUGUGCAGCGCAAACAGCCAGUCCAAAGCCAAAUACCUCGGCAUCCAGAACGGCGCGUCCGCAGAGGACGAAGGCUGGGGCGAGGGCCAGCCGCUCAUCACCGUGCUGAACCGGCAAAUUCGAGUGAUGAAGAGGUGGGGAUAUACGUGGAAGGAAGAACCUGAGGUGAAGGAAGAGGAUCUGGCGGCUUCGCAGGCUACGGUGGGCGAGGACGAUGCGCAGGAUACGCAGGAGACUGUUGCGCCUGAUGAGCCGGCGCUGUGGGGUGUGGAUCUGGAGGCGCUAAAGAAGUCGAAUGGACCAGUUACGAUUGGGGCGAGGCAGGGGUCGACGGGUGAGCUGCCCAUCUACAGGCCGGAAUCUACGCGGGCGUAUCUAAUGAAGUCGUUUGGAAUGAAAUCGAGCGACGAUGCGAAGCCUGGGAAAUCGCUGACGGGAAAGAAGGCUGCGGAGGAGAAGGAGCGAAAUCUUGGUUUACUUCUCGCAUCUUUGGACUUGCUGUGUCAGUCUUGGGCACCGAUACUGAGCAGUGAGGACUUAGACAAGAGGGCUUGGGGUUGGUAUUGUAGCGUGAGACCGGAGGUUAAGAGUGGUGUUGCAGGCUGGGGAGGGAAAGGAGACGUGAAGCUCGCGGAUAUCUUGCGACUACGACGGACAGAGUAAGGCAGCGCCUAAUUGAAAGCAUUGUUGGUCAGAACACAGCUUUACUAAGCUUGCUACACAACGAUGAAAUGCUGGCCC